AUGGCCACCGUCAUCGAAUCCAUUGCCGUCGCCCCUCGCCCUUCUUCUGUAACCCGCAGUUCUCUCAAGUUCUCGCGUUACGUCGCCCUAAAACUCAAGCCCCGGCCCAUUUUCACUGCUUCGCCUACUCUCAGAACCGCUACCCGCACUUCACGUGUAGUGUGCGAGGCCCAGAAUACCGCUGUCGAUGUGGCUCCUAUAACUGAAGCAAAUUGGCAAUCACUUGUACUUGAAUCUGAUUCACCCGUUUUGGUUCAGUUCUGGGCUCCAUGGUGCGGUCCCUGCAGAAUGAUCCACCCUAUACUUGAUGAACUAGCAAAACAAUAUGCUGGAAAACUCAAGUUUUACAAACUCAAUACCGAUGAGAGUCCUUCAACUGCUACCCGCUACGGAAUUCGAAGUAUCCCAACUGUUAUGAUCUUUAAAGACGGUGACAAGAAAGACACUGUUGUUGGAGCUGUGCCCAAGUCGACUCUAACAUCCACCAUAGAAAAAAUCUUAUAA